GCCGUAGAUUUCUCUACGAAUUGUUUCAGAGUUCGUUCUACAAUGAGACUAACCUACAGAACUCCAUAUGCUGAUGAUGAUGCUGAGAGUCAGGAUGACAUUAACAGAGAAAGAAAAGGAGAUGCAAUUGAGUUUAAUCAUAUUAAGAAACAAUGGGAUGAUGAUUGUCCUUGGGCAGAGUGGUAUUCUUCUGAGGAUCCUAUUAAAGGGUUUGAAUUGACUGCUAUUUGGCCGAAGAAGAUGUUUGAAGGCUCUGUUGAGAUGGCAGAAUUAGAAAAUGAAUCACCAUUUGAUGCUGAGAAAUGGCUUCUUUUUCCUAUUAUAUCUCAGAACAUGUUUGAUGAUUCUAUUGGCAAGUUUGGAUUUGCCUCACAGCUGAGCCUUUUGGUAUCUGCAUUGGAUAUGUCAUUUGAAGCCAAAUAUCUGGAAGAUUUUGUUUCAGCUGAGAACUCAGGCUCUGAUAUUUCUAAGAUCUCUGAUUGUAUACCUCCUCCAGCAGUUGUGGAUCGCAUCCUUAAAGAGAUUUUCCGGAAUGGAGUUGAAAGUUGGAAAUCUGUAGACUUCGAGAAAAGAAACUCUCGUUUUAUAAAAGGUGCUCCUCUAGGCUCUCUAUUUGCUGAGUUCUGUCUGCAUUUGUUGUGGCUUGGGAAUUGCAACAUCAGAGCAAUUUCCACUCUUUGGAUUGAAUUUGUAAGAGAAGUUCGUUGGUGCUGGGAGGAGUCUCAACCAUUGCCAAAAAUGUCAGCUUCCUCCAGUAUUGACCUGGCCACAUGUUUGGUGCAUCAGAAACUGCAGAUGCUGGCAAUAUGCAUUGAAAAGAAGAAUUUGCUUGUUCAUGAGCCUCCGAGUGGUGUUGAAAGUGAAGCUUCUAGUGUUAAUAAGGUUGAUUUGCAUGAUGCAUGUGAUCAGUCUCAUGAUAUGCUUUCUAAAACCUCUCUGGGUACUAUCAGUCCUCAAAGGCUGGUUAUUCCGCAUGAUGCAGAAGAAAGCUUAAAUUGCUCUCAACGUCAUGGUACCGGAUAUAGGGAUCUACUUGCAACAGAUGUUAGGAGAAAGGGUUCUGCAGGUGUUGUUGACUCUAUGAUGCUAUUGCAUUCAUAUCAGAAUAUGCAUUCUCCAAUCAUCCAGGAUGCACCACCUAUGACAGAAGAUAUGCAUGAAGAGAGGCUCCGGGUAGCUGAAGCCUUUGGAAAUUUAUUAAGCUUCUCGGGUCAGCUAGAAAGAGAUAUAUUAUCUUCAGAUAUGUCUGCUUUCAAAGCUGCAAACCCAGAUGCUGUCUUUGAAGAUUUUAUUCGCUGGCAUUCACCUAGUGACUGGGAGAGUGAUGGGGUUGAGGAUAAGUCUAUACACGAUAUAGUCAACUCCCCAAAGCCCAACUGGCCUCCAAAAGGAAGACUCUCUCAACGCAUGGCUGAACAUGGAAGUUUAUGGCGACAGAUUUGGAAUACUUCACCUGCAAUACCUUCUUCAAAACAGAGGCCUCUUUUGGACCCUAUCCGUGAAGGGGAGAAGAUACUUCAUUACCUUGAAACUUUGAAGCCCUAUCAGUUACAUGAGCAAAUGGUUUGCACCUCGUUUAGAGCAGCAGCUGACAUUUUGAAUCAGACCAAAUUUGGUGAUUUUAGACUAUUGAAAGCAAAAAUUGAUCAACUCUACUGUACUCUAGCAUCUACAUUGAAGUCAUUGAUAGCAAAUCAUGUGCCUGAUAGGUUUGAGUUGAUUGGCGAUUUGAAGCAACUCUGUGUUGUUUUUGAUCACAUUGAGAAGUUGGUUAUUCUGGCUGCUUCAAUUCAUCGUAAACUUUUUGACGCUCCUCGUCUUUCUCAAGCAGUUUUUCAAGAUUACUUUGACUUCUAUCUGCCAAAAAUGGGAACUGGUUUAGCAAGCUUAUGCUAUGACAAGGUUUUUAAUGUGAAACAAGUGGUAAAGGUGCAUGAGAGAGACGUAGUUGCAAGUUUAUUCCCUCCUCCUACCGCAAGUCAGUCAUGGAGAAAAGUUCUGAGCAUGGGUAAUCUAUUGUUUGGCCAUGAACCGAUUUUAAGGGAGAUCAUUUUCUCAGUCUAUGACAAUGUCAGUAAUGGCCAAUAUUCAGGCAGUAAUCUUGUAGCCUCAAUGGGAGACAUUGAAACACAUCGUAUGUAUAUAUGUGGAACUUCCAAUGAUCUGCGUGUUGCGCUAUCAGUGACAUCUUGGGAUUAACAAGCAUAUAAAGAUAUAAUUUCACUGAUAAAGGGCAAGGUGGUUUCUCUUUGAUGGUUGUUCUGCCACUAUAUUAUAGGCAGGCCAUAGACCAAUGUAAUGGUGGUUAGCAUAUUAGUUAUGAAGCCAGAAAUAAUUCUUAGCUGAAGGAUGCUCAAAUGGUGAUUUACUGUGCUGGAUUGCAGAAUUCAUUCUGACAGUUAUCCUAACAUCUCUUGAAGUCUUCGUCUCAUGAUGCUUAUACCAAUCCGUUCCAUUUAGUUCAAAAAGCCUAGAAAUAAGUAUAGUUUUAAAAGAGAUCAAGUCAUAAGGCAUAACACUGAUUGCUUCUACACUGCUUUUACGACGAGUUGAAGCUAUUUAGCUAUAACCCUGCUGUGGUAAAGCUUGGUAAUUUACUUUUAAUGGUCAUUUAAAUUACAAUUCUGUGGUUUAUUGUAUUUUGCUUUAUAUCAUGAACAUUGUUUCCUUUUUUUUUUUUUACUUCAAAGUUCCUCAAGGAGAUUAUUCUUGUAGUUAUAUAUACAUGGGAUUUGGCUAUUCUCUAUUUAGCUAUAACCUCUUUCUAUUAAAUGUCAUGUUGAUUCACGAGUAUGUUUCAUAA